AUGUCUAGAAGCGAAAGCCAGCAACUGCUGACUAAUACCCCGUACAUUCUCACGCCCAAAAGAUGGGGAAUUUUAAUGAUCGUAAGUUCGAUUUUAUUUCUGGAUACCUUCAGUGCUUCAUUUUUCGGAUUCAUCAACGAUAUUGCUUCGGAGUAUUUUGAAACAACCCCAGCAGCGACGGACGUUUUGUCAACUAUAAAUAUGAUAGCAAGAAGUGUUUUCGGCUUUGUUCUAGCAAUGGGCGGAGAGCAGUUAAAUUUUCGAUCACUCGCACUUGCUACAACCGGUACUAUAGUCGCCGGUGAUUUGCUUAUUACAGCCGGUGUAUCUUCUAGAAGAAACAUGGUGAUUGUUGGCAUGGGACAAAUUAUGAAUGGAUUUGGUGCCACAAUGACGUUGACCUUAUCUCAAAUGGCUCCCAGCAACUGGUUUCCCGAAAAUGAGCGUGGAAGAGCUGUGGCACUACCGUGGAUAUUACGCCGAUUAUCUCCCGUGGCAUCCAACAUUGUUGCAACGCGGACCAUACGACAAGAUUAUGCUAACGUUGGUAGUGCUAACGCAACAUCCGCGUAUUUCGAGAGCGAUGAAUUAUUGAAAAAUUUUAGAACAUCUUUUCAGAUCUCGUACAUAGCGCUUACUGGAAUAGCGCUUGUCGCAUUUGUAUUAUCACAAAUGUAUGUUACAGACUACCCGCCUCGCGCAGAUGGGAAAAAAGCGUCUCCAGGAACAAAUACUUACGGAUGGAGACCACUUACGGAGCUUAGAGGAAUUUUGAGUUUAUUCGCCAAUGGCCAGUAUGUUCUUUUAUUGUUCAUGUACGUUUUGCAGCUUUCAGUUAGACCAAUGAAUGAGUGGAUGCUUUCAUCCAUAAUUUUAGACGCUUUCCCAGAACUCGAUGACAGCACUGCAGGCAUUGUAUUUAUUGUAUCUUACGUUAUAGGUGCAUUUGGAUCACCCACGGGUGGAUUUGUACUUGAUAAAUUUAGGAGACCUAAAGUCACUCUUGUGUUUGGUCAAUGCGCUGUUAUUAUUUGGUGCGGCUUGUUUUCACUUGGUGUUUACCUACAAAGUUUUGUGCUGGUUUUUAUAAGUGAUGUGGGAACAACAUUUUUCAGAGAUUUUUGUUUUGUUUGCAUAUCUCAUUCCUUGAUUGAAACCCUGUAUAACGAGCCAGCAGACACAAAGGUUCGUGCAUUCAGCAUUUCUGGCUCUGUUCCAUGGUUUUCUUUAGCGCUUUACACAGCUUUUGUCCGUACGAAUAGAGAACUUAUGUUGAAUAAAAGCAUUCAUUGA